AUGACUUCGACCCCAGGGCAUCAGGCGGAGGGUAUGGGUGUUCAAAGCGGCCUUGCAGCGGGGGAUGAAGAGAGUAUAGGUGCAGAUUGGGAGAGGCAACUAGCCAGGGUCAGCGAAACAGCAACGGGAGCUCACCAAGCCUACAUACAGAUUCAACAGAUGACGCCCAUCCUAACUAACCUCCGAAAAGAAUGUAAAGCUUUGCAAGAUCGUCAGCGGUCACUGGAGAGCGAUAUCAACCAACGACAAGACCACCUUACAAAGCUCAACGAGGAGAUCGAGAAUGCCCGAAAUGAGCGGGAGCUUCUGAGGCAGACCGAUAACUCAUGGUGGAUUUCUCGCUCAUUAUCGGCUUCAGCUUCUAUGAGUUCUUUCAGUGAAGGUGACGUACAAGGAAAACUGAAUAGGAGGAUAUGGUUAUUGGAUGAACAAGUGCAAUCACUAAAGCAAGAGAAAGUAGAUAUGAAGAGGGAAUGUGAUGAUGAGUUGGAAAGAGAAAGAGCUAUUUCGUCCGGAUUGAGAGAUAGAAUAUCAGAUUUGGAAGUGAAGAGAAAGAAGUUGAAAGAUGACAAUCAAGCGUAUCAAACACGGGAAGGGGAGUUAGAGACCAAAGUCGAUAAUCUCGAGUUGGAGAUCAAGGAGAUUGGGACUAGACAUCACGAGAAUAUUAUCGAUAUGAAAGAGAAUGUCGUGAGGGGCAAGAAAGAGUCUGACGAUUUGAAAGAAGAGAUCAGGAAAUUGAAACAGGAGAGGGAUGAUGUUGUGGCGGAAAUGAUGGUGAUGAAGGAGCAGGCUGCAGAACAAGCAUUGAAGAGUCCCAAGAUACUUCAACCCCAAGAUCUCAACGUUCCCUCUUCUCAGCUGUCCUCUCAAAUUUCAUCUCAACCUAUGACACCUACCAAACCCAAAUCGUUCAAGCCAUUCACACCUCUUCUUACAUCGCCGUCUUCUCGUGUAGCUCCACCCUCGCCGACCUCUCUCGCAAGGCGAUACGCCGUCAUUGAAGCGAGAUGUAAUCAUCUACAAGCUGCUUAUGACCAUCAAUCGGAAGCUCACAAGCUCUUGCUGACUGAGCAUAACAAGUUGAGAAAGAUCCAUCAAGAGGAUAUAGACCAUAUGAAGAAAUAUCAGGCUUCACAAAUUGAGAGGAGGAAGAAGAAGGAUGACAGAAGAGCUCAGAAGAAAGCUAGACAAUCGCAGGAAUUGAGGGAGAUGACGGGUACACCUGGCGAUAUCACUAGCUCAGGUAAGACCGUCGGUGGUCAAGAUGAUGGAUUUAUACCCGUAGAAGAGGUUGGGAAUGAUGUGUUGGUGGAGGAAAGUGGAUCUCUACCACAUGUCAGGAAACAAGCCACAAAGGGAAAUGGGGCAACGAUGAACGAUGAAGAAGAGUAUAUGGCUCAUGCUGAACAUGGAAGUGAUGGAAAUCAGAAUGAGAAGAUGAUGGAUAUUGAUGUUCCACCUCAUAUGACGAGUGGUCAAGUUGUGGACGGUAUCAAUAACUUCCAACUACCUUCGUCUUCACUUCGUCUAGCGAAUAACAAAGUAGUUCAUCAAGGUUCUCAUCGCCAUACUAGAUCGAACGAAACCAGCUCAUCUGAUCAAAUCUCCUCGCACCAAAAUCGCGCUGUUGCUACUCAAUCUACCCAAGGAUCAAGGAGAAACGCUUCACCCAUUCGUCCCUCAUCUUCUCAGCGAGUACGACGCUCCAGCGCCUCGUCAUCUACAUCGACCCCUCAACAACCUCAAAAACCAGCAGCCACCCCACAGCCUGUUAGACGAGUCGUCCGACCUACUCACGUGACCCCUUGGCUGGGUGUGGAGAAUGAUGGUAUAUCCAGUUCUUCCAACAGGUCUAGAUCCAAGUCACCUACCAAGAAAAAACGACUCAAUCAAACUACAAAUGAAGAUGAUGAUUUUGCUUCACCACCUGAUAACUUCAUUUCGACACCUACGACUGUCAGAACACCCUUGGUGAGGGAUAGAUUAGGUGGUGGUUCCGUUAUACUUGGUGGUGAUAGUUUGAGGAAGAAGGUGAUGCGACAGACUGUCCAUGAUCAUGAAACGCCGAGGAUCGCUACUCCUGGACCCAGCACUGGUACUCGUACUCGUACUCGUACCCCCACCCAGUCAUCCGGAUUGAUGUCGACGGAGAAGAAAAGGAAGAUUAUCGACAUCGAAACUGAGGGUUUAUCACCGUCGGAAAAAGCACUGAAAUUGAAGAGAUUGGCGAAGAUGCCUGUAAGUGAAAAGCGCGAGUUAUAUAAGGGAUAUAAAGGGAAUGGAAGGUAUCUCAAACCAGAGGAAAUGGACAAGACGGUUGGAGAAGAAUAUGAGAUUAAUCCUUCUCAGAACGAUGGGAAUGAUUUCGCAUAUCAUGAUGUGAGAAGAAAGAAGGCUGAGAGGAGGAAUAUGCAUGGAGGAGAUUGUGAAUGCUGUAAAGAUUGGUAUGAAGAAAUUGGUGAUAUUCCCAGGUUCAACCAAGCUCCCAGAUGGAGAGAUGAUGCCCAAAACCAUCAAAGUGAGAAUGAUCAAACGGUUUCGGAUCACGUGAGAGAACAUCAAAAUAUGGUGUCAAGACAUCGAGAGACGUGGAUGAAACCUCCGACCCCACCUGGAUAUUGGAAGAUCGGUUUCCCCUCGACUCAAGAUGUUAGAGAACAGAAUGAACAGGCUGAUAAGAUGAUGAAAGAGAAAGAAGAGAGGAUAAGAAGAGAAGCCUUGUGA